AAAGACAAAACUUUUCAAUCUUGUCAAAGAUACUCAACACCCUUCUUCUUCUUACUUCAAAGACUCCGAAGAAGAACAGAAACAUAGCAUUCAGUGAUGGCGAUGAGCAAGAUCAUUACUUUCUCUGUGAUUCUCUGUCUGUCAGCUAUGGCUAUUGCAGUUGCAGGCAGAGUAGUUGGGCCUCUAUUGCAAUUCCAAGACAAACCCAGUUUUCUGAGACCAACAUUUAGUCGCAUUUUCGAUACUUCAAUGUAUGGUACUCUGCAGCUCAACAACGGAUUGGCUCAAAUGCCUCAAAUGGGGUGGAAUAGCUGGAAUUUCUUUGCUUGUGAUAUUAAUGAAACUGUGAUCAAGGAAACAGCUGAUGCACUCAUCUCAACCGGAUUAGCUGAUCUAGGUUAUGUGUAUGUCAAUAUAGAUGAUUGCUGGUCUAUCCCAAUACGAAAUUCUGAGGGUCAACUUGUCCCUGAUCCUAAAACAUUUCCAUCGGGAAUUAAAGCUCUUGCCGAUUAUAUACAUGGGAAGGGCCUGAAGCUUGGAAUCUAUUCUGAUGCUGGGGUUUUCACAUGUCAAGUUCGACCAGGCUCACUUUAUCAUGAAAGUGAUGAUGCAAAGCUGUUUGCUUCUUGGGAUGUAGAUUAUUUGAAGUAUGACAACUGUUACAAUCUGGGUAUCCCACCAAAAGAACGGUACCCUCCCAUGCGCGAGGCCUUAAAUACAUCUGGACGGACAAUUUUCUAUUCAGUUUGUGAAUGGGGUGUUGAUGAUCCUGCUUUAUGGGCCGGGAAGGUUGGGAAUAGUUGGCGUACAACAGAUGAUAUUAAUGAUUCAUGGGCAAGCAUGACUACAAUUGCUGAUUUGAAUGACAAGUGGGCGUCGUAUGCAGGACCUGGUGGAUGGAACGAUCCGGAUAUGUUGGAAGUUGGCAAUGGAGGCAUGAGUUACCAGGAAUACCGUGCUCAUUUUAGCAUCUGGGCUUUGAUGAAGGCCCCUCUUUUGAUUGGUUGUGAUGUUAGAAACAUGACUGCAGAAACAUACGAGAUUCUAAGCAAUGAGGAGGUUAUUGCUGUAAACCAAGAUUCUCUUGGGGUUCAGGGAAGAAAAGUGAAUGUUUCAGGAACAGAUGGGGUCUAUCAGGUUUGGGCAGGUCCUCUAUCUGGACAUCGUUUGGCUGUUGCUCUUUGGAAUCGGGGUUCAACAGCGAAGACUAUAACAGUUAAAUGGGAAGAACUUGGACUUCAGUCCAGCAUUAGUGUUUCAGUGAGAGAUUUGUGGCAGCACAAACUAGUUACGGAUAAUGCCGUAUCAUCAUUUGGUGCUCUGGUUGAGGCUCACGACUGUCACCUGUACCUCUUCACUCCCCAGACUGAGUCAUUAAGAAAUGUAUUUUAGCCUUAGCUCAAAGCACCCUUCUAGGAUGCCCAUUUCUUAGUGCAUCACACAUCUUCUGGAAGAGUUUGUGGCUGUAACCAGUGCUUUUGCCCGAACUUGGAAGCUAUCUGUCAUCUGCGGUGAACUGCUCAGUAAAAAUACUAUGUAUCUGUAGAUUCUCACUUUCGUGUCCCAGUGUAUAUGUUGUGUACUCAUAUAGAACAAUGAUCCGAUGUUCAAAUAAUAAUAUAUCAUGAACAGCACAGAACAUUUGCUCUGCAUUAUCUUUACUGUUGGAAUCGAUAAUCAGUAAGAAUUAAUUACCAAAGGG